AUGUCGACGACGACGCCGGUCGCGGGCGUCGCACACGCGGUGGACGCGCGAGCGCUCGGCGCUUGCGCGGCGAGCGCGAUGGCGCCGGGACGGAUCACCUCGGUGUGGGUGAUCAACAAGUCGGGUGGAUUGAUUUAUCACCGCGCGUUCGACGCGGUGGACGGGCGAGGGGAGACGCACGCGAUGCGAUUGGACGCCAACGCGACGCUGCGGUUGGCGAGCGUGUGGCACUCGAUGCACGCGAUCGCGCGAAAGGUUUCGCCCACGCGCGGGUGCGUGGGGAUAGAGAGCGUGGAGUGCGAUACGUUUGAUUUGUAUUGCUUUCAGGCGGAGACGGGGACGAAGAUCGUGAUGACGACGACGAAGGGAACGGUGGACGCGCGCGGGACGCUGCGCAGGGCGCACCAGGCGUUUUACGCCUACGCGCUGCAGAAUCCGUUUUAUGAGAUGGAGAUGCCGGUGCGGUGCGAGUUGUUCGACGCAGAGAUCGCAAACGUGGUGCGUUCGGUGAAUGAGCGGACGUAG